AUGUCGACUCAAAGCACAGUGGGUUUUGUAAUACAGAGCCACAGUGGGUGCUUCUCUCGACGCUCACGGUCGAGCGUAGGAGUCCCCAGGGGUACCGUUCGUCGCUCUUCUAUACGGCACGAAUUUCAAGUGACACUAGAAAAGCCUUUGGGCAUCAUUCUGCAACCAAACGUCGGUAUGAAAGGUGCACGCGUAGAUGAAAUUCGCUACGGAGGCAAUGCCGAAGCGACCGGAAACGUGUAUGCCGGUGAUGUCAUACAAAGCAUACAAAUAAAUAAAUCAGUGCUUGGCAACUGCGAUACCGUGCUCUUCGAAGAUAUAAUCUCUUUUAUAUCACAACAAUCAAGCUCAAAGGUUAAACUGUAUUUAGUGCGUUGUGAGAUAAGCCCCGUGGAGGCAGAGCCGGCUGAUCUGUCAGCUUAUUGGGGAGCGAAAAGGAAAGAGAAGAUAACGGGACGAGCGGUACUUCGUCGCACGGUAGGCGUUCAACCAGAAGACAUAAGAAUACUCAAAGGUGGACCUCUUGGCGAAGGUAGUUUUGGAACUGUAUUUAGGGGCAGAUGGAAGGACAAAGAUGUUGUACUUAAGUGUGCCAAACCAAACGUUUACGGUGCAAUAGAAUUUUUAGACGCCGAGCUUGAACUCAAUGAGACCGUACAUAGAUUAGCGAAGGGGUCGUGCGCGAGAUUUUACGGUUGCUGUGAAAUCGAUCAGCGGAAUGAAGGCCAGAUUUACAACGGUACACUGACCGCUGGGCUGUGGUUAAUGUGGGAGUAUUGUGGUUCAGUGACGCUUGGGGAAGCUCUGGUUGACGCGAAAAAGCUGCUCGACGUCACUACUGAAUCAUUCAACCUCCCUCGGACUGCGAAACAACAAGAAGUUGUCAAAGCUAUUUUAAGCUCUAUUUUUGAGAACUUGCAAAUGUUGCACACUGCAGGGAUCGUUCACCGAGAUGUCAAACCUGACAAUCUUAUUUUUACAAAAACAGGGCUCGUCUUUAUCGACCUUGGAGGAUCUGCACAGUGCUUAGGCAGGCCCAAGAAUUACAUACCGGGUGAAGGGCCGGCAGACCCUCGAUACUGCUUGCCUACAGACAUUUAUCUUUUACCUAAGGAGUCUCCAACGCCGGUUGACUCGAAUUUAUUACAGCUGUGGGAGCAUUAUCAACCCGAAAAAUUCGAUUUAUUCAGCGCCGGCAUCAUCAUGCUUCAAAUAUGCAUCCCUUCGUUAAGUCAUCCAGAUAAACUUACUAAGUUCAAAAGUGAGCUUGAGCAGUGUGACUUCAACCUUCAAAAGUGGCGAACCAAGUUUGACAAAUCUGCCUCUCCUGUGGGAGUAUCCGACGUGAGUGUUCUUGACGCUGAUGAGGGUGCUGGGUGGGAUCUUGCAAGUCAGCUGCUGAAGACCGAUAGAAAAGAACGCAUCAGCACGGUAGAUGCGUUGCAGCAUAGGUUUUUCUAG